UUUGCUUCCCUCUAUUCUCUAUUCUCACAUAAAGUACCUUUCUCCUUUUUCUCCAUUUUCCCCAUUCUCAAUUUCUCAUCACCAUUUUCCCAUUUUCUCCAUUUCUCCAUCUUCUUCAUCCAUUUGGUUAUCUUCUUCAUCAUGCAAUCUCCUAAAUCGUUCUAACCUUCUAUGAUUUUUCUGCUGGAUUAUAGAGUCCCUUUUGAUUAUUGCUCGGAUAAGUUAUUGGCAGGAGCUUGCAAUUGAUGAAUGGAAUACGAAUUGGGUUGAUCUUGCUUAAAGUUGGUGGGUCCACUACUUGUGCUAUCUUCUUCUUCAUUUUUUCAUGGAUAAACUUGAUGCUAAGAUUAUAGUGGCAAGCUAUUCAAUCACUUGCAGUCAGAUCAGAAGAUUUGCAAUCAGCUUGAUUGUUGAAGGAAGCAGUGAUGGAGGAUCCAAUUGGUAUGUUUUGGAUAGACAAACGUCUCAGAAAUUUGAUAGCUAUUUCCAGCGCAAACUGUACAGGGUGGGAUCGCGGCAUACACAAUCAAACGCCAUAAGGUUCACCUUUCUGUCAGUCCGAGAUGUUAAGUCGACGUUAAGGCUACAAAUUUGUAGUAUUUACUUAUAUGCAGGAAACUGCUAACAUCCAAUGAAAUGUACUAUUGAUUACAGGUGCCAGUUUGGUCGGAGGCAACUAUAAUACUUCUUUGAUUUUGGCUGACAUCUAUUUAUUCAAAUACGAGGGUUGAAUUUAUUUCAAAAUUUAUCAAGCUUGAGAAGUUUUAGACUGAGUAAAAAGAUGUAUUCAGUUUUCCCUCACAAUGUUGUAAAAAUGUCACCCGUACAUAACAACUACAGGAAUUGUUUUCUUAAAAAAAUAAAUAAAUAAAAAAAAAAAAAAAAAUCGAGGGAAUUUUUAAUUUUUAGUAUGUUAGUCAGAGUAGGAGAGAAAUGGGGAGAGGAGAGAAAACCGGUAUGGGGCUCACCAUUGUUAAAUAGCUAAAUGAAAAAAUCAUGAACCAAUAACGAUGUGAUUUGAGUUUAGGAUGUAUUAAAAGUCUAAAUUAUUGAUUUAAUCCCUAAACGAUGGUGAUUUUUCUUGGAAAGUGGAAGUUUUGCUUGUUAUGUUAGGGUGAUCAUAUUAAGCUAUUGGUACAUUUGGUAGUAUUUUAGAAUCAAGAGUAUUAUUGUGUUGAACUAUAGAUUAUGCUUAGUAACUCGAUUUUAGUUUAAGAUGUAUAAAAACUGCAAAUGAUUGAUGGAUUUACAAAAUGAUGGUGAUUAUUUGGGAGACAACAGUUCUAGUUAUUAGGUAGGGAAGUAGGGGUGUCCUUUUCUGUUAUCUGACUUAUCUCCUUCAAGAACUUCCUCAGAUUUGAUUUUGGGAAGCUUUGGAAAUAGUUUGAUGUUGUGUUAUGGGUUUUAGUUCUUAAAAUAGUUGUUGCUACACCUCUAUAUAUACUUGCCAAGUAGCACUAAUUAGACUUGUGUACAAAUUACUACAACAACUUGGUAUAAUGACUAACUGAUCUGACUAUACACCUCAUUAAGUUUCU